AAGCUUAUUUGUUGCUUUGUGCUUAAUGGAAGGCCCUUGAGCUUUUCUUUCUUUCUCUGCUCUCUUUUCUUUUAGGUUUCCACUCUCACACACUCUCCCUCUUCUCUUUCUCUGCAAUAAUCUCUCUUCUCUUCUUCACUCUCUCAACUCCUGCCAAACCCCCAUUUCCGCAGAUUUUUUUGGAUCUUGCAGCAAUUUCUUAUGUUUCAUUGCUAUUUUAAUUGCCUAUGAAUGUCAUUCUUGUACACAUACCCAGUCAGAUAAAAUGACGUUCUUAAAUUUGGAGUCUGAUGUCUCCGCCAUUGCUGGUUACCGAAGAUGAAGGGCAGUGCCAUGCCUCGAUGGUAGCAUCUGCAUCUUCACCAUCCCUGAACUGUUUCUCCCUAAAUGAGGCCGGAUUUAAAGAAUGCAAUUACCUGGGAUUGUCAGAUUGCUCUUCGGUGGACAGUUCUACUGUCCCGAAUUUGUCUGAUGAGAAAAAGGAGAAUCUGAAUUUGAAGGCUACUGAGUUGAGGCUUGGCCUUCCGGGAUCCCAGUCACCUGAAAGGGAGACAGAACUUUUCUCGUUGAGCUCAACAAAACUUGAUGAGAAACCACUGUUCCCUUUGCUUCCUACAAAGGAUGGAAUCUGCUCAUUGUCUCAAAAAACUGUGGUCUCGGGCAACAAAAGAGGUUUUGCUGACACAAUGGACCCUGAGUUUCCUGGCAAUGCAGGGAUAAACAUGAUGCUAUCACCUAAACCUUCUGGAGUUCAGCCUACCACAGUGAAAGAAAUACCAAGCAAGGUGUUACAAGAACUUCCUUCAGCGGCAAAUGGAACUGGUCAUAACCAUACAUCAGGAGCUUCUAUCAGUGGCAGUGCACCGGCUGCUAAGGCACAGGUUGUUGGUUGGCCUCCUAUAAGAUCAUUUAGGAAAAACUCAUUGGCCACCACUUCAAAGAAUAAUGAUGAAGUAGAUGGAAAACUGGGUGCAGCAGCACUCUUUGUGAAGGUCAGCAUGGAUGGUGCUCCCUAUCUGAGGAAGGUAGAUCUAAGAAAUUAUACAAUGUACCAGGAACUGUCUUCUGCCCUUGAGAAAAUGUUCAGCUGUUUCACUCUAGGUCAAUGUGGUUCCCAUGGAGCUCCAGGAAGAGAAAUGUUGAGUGAGAGCAAGCUGAAGGACCUCCUGCAUGGUUCAGAAUAUGUACUCACUUAUGAAGAUAAAGAUGGUGACUGGAUGCUUGUCGGAGAUGUACCAUGGGAUAUGUUCAUUGACACAUGCAAAAGACUGAAAAUCAUGAAGGGUUCUGAUGCCAUUGGCUUAGCUCCCAGGGCCAUGGAAAAAUCCAGGAGCAGGUGCUAGUUGGUAUUGGAACAUGAAGAGUGUGGAAAGAGAACUUAUGAUAUAAAUGACUGAAUGCCGGGUUUUGAUGGUUAACUGCUAUUCAAGAUGUUGUCUAUGGUUACAAGUAUCAUAAUAGUGUCUUGGUCUUUUGUUUGUGUUACAUUUGUUUCUACUAUAAUACCUUAUGAAGCUACCUUGAAUAUUAGUAAUUGUGGAGCUUGUAAUCUUUAUAGGAACAUGUUUGUUUGGAUAAGUUGAAUGUAUGUUGCAAUCAGUGUAUUGUUUUCAAUGUUUUGCUA